GUCAUCGAUUGUGUCCGGCUGCCGCCAAAGCGCGCAAUAUGCUCCGUUUUAUCAAGAAGCCACUGAUUUCUCUUUUCAAAAUCAUAAAAAGAUGGAUUACUAGACAGUCUGCUAGUAAUGGCGAUUUGUCCAUCUCGUUUACCAUCGGUUUUCUAGAUAACGGUUUGUCCAUCGAUUCGCUCAUGAAAUUGCAAGAUAUUACAUUUGAUGAAAUAUUGCCAAACCCGGUGGUCAAGAAAUUGAAGAGAGAAUAUGUUGAAAUGCUGAACCAUAUCAUUAACAUAAAAGUGAGUGACCUUAUAAAUCGCAUGAACAACAAGGUUGAACGUAUCCCUUUGAAUACGAUUAUAAAAAGUGCAAAACUGAUAUUUCCACGCAUACAGAUGAAAGGGAGCAGUUUGAUAUUGUGGUUUAUAAACACAAUGGACUUUAAUCAGGAUGAAGCACAGUACAUGGCAAAUUUAUUAUCAUCACACAUCAUCGUGUUCACAAUUGUUAAUCAUUAUCUGACUUUGUUGAACGUUGGUUGCUUUUAUCGUAAAAAAUCUUCAAGCUCACAAAUAACUUAUAAAACUCAUUUGAAUGAUUAUGAUUAUGCUAUAUACUUGUGUAAAAGAGAAAUUGAAGAAAACUUAAAUGGAGAUUUGCUUAACUACAAAGUGAAAAAGUCCGCAAAAGCCAAAGUGGAUUUUAAUAUUUGGGAAUUUGAGUUUCAACUAGCAGAUGAUAAGUCAAAAACAUGCAAUAAUAAUCCAAAUGACAAAACAUAUAAGAGAGAAUUACAAGAAUCUCAACUUCAAUGAAUUACUCCAGAAUCAAGCUUUAAAAAUACUUAAAUAAAAUACUUACCAUACAAAUCUUAAUCAAAACUACUAUUUAUGCUCUAAAAUAAAAU